AGGAUAUAAAAGGAUUGAGAGCAUUCUCUCUAUUCCUCAGAAGUUGUUCCAAUGCAAUGGGAAAUCUGGCCUAUAUGGAAGAAAUGAAUGUUGUUUCUAAUAUGAGGACCAUCAUCCUAAAGCUUCCAUACAAGCUCAGAGAGCAGUGGAGGAACAAGGCCUGUGACCUACAGGAGAAGCAAGGCCAUCGUGCCAUUUUCCCAGACCUUGUGAACUUUAUUGAAAAACAAGUCAAAAUACUCUCUGAUCCACUGUUUGGUAACAUUCAGGACCAUAAGCAAUCAACUGUCAAACCCUCAUCCGUCCCUACGCCAAGAGUAAAGUCAAGUCCAAGAAGCAACUUUGCAACAACAUUAAUAUCCAUAGAAACUGUGGAGUCAAAUGAAGGAAAAAGGAAUGUGAUUGUCAAAUCUCACAGUUGUCUGUUCUGUAAGAAGAGUGGUCACACACUGGAGUGCUGUCCACAAUUCAAGAGGAAGAAGCACAAAGAAAAAAUAGACUUCUUAAAGGAAAAAGGAGUCUGUUUUGGCUGUCUGAAAAUAGGACAUUUAAGUCGAGACUGCAGAAAUCGUCUAUUAUGUGAAAUCUGUAAACAACAACAUCCACAAAUACUCCACAUUGAACAGACAGAACAAACACAAACCAAAUCAAUUGGAACCAAUGCUGUUGUCCCACCUCCCAAGCAUACUUGUGGUCAUAUUGGGGCCGGGAACCACCCCUCCAUCUACUCCAUUGUACCUGUACAAGUUAAAAGCAACAAGGGAGACACAGCGUUACAAACAUAUGCAUUUUUGGAUCAUGGAAGCACCUCUACAUUCUGCACAGAAAAACUGAUGCAAAGACUGAACAUUACAGGACAAAGAACAAACAUCCUUCUCAAAACCAUGAAUCAAGUGAAACCCGAAACCAGCUACCACAUCACUGGACUGGAAAUAGCCGGGAUAAAUAUGAAUGACUUAAUUCAAUUGCCUGAUGUAUUUACACACAAAACCAUGCCAGUUUCACCACACAAUAUUCCAAAACAGCAGGAUUUGAAACACUGGCCAUAUCUAAAUCAUAUCACAUUACCUGAAAUUGACUCUGACAUCGACCUCCUCAUUGGCACGAAUGCCUCUAAGGUACUGGAACCCUGGGAGGUGGUCAAUAGCCAGGAGGACGGGCCAUACGCAGUGAGGACCCUAAUGGGAUGGGUCAUUUAUGGUCCUUUAAAAGGAGAUGACACCAGCAGGCAUAAUGGCUGCCCUGUUGCUGAUGUCAAUAGAAUAUCUAUUCUAAACCUGGAAGAGUUAUUAGUCAAACAGUACAACCAAGAUUUCAGUGAAAGAUCCAGUAAGGAAACAGAGGAAAUGUCAAGAGAAGAGGAAAAGUUUCUUGAUAUUGUGAGUCACUCUGCAAAGAUUAAAGAUGAACAUUACUGUUUAAACUUACCUUUUAAAGAAGAAGAUCCCAUCAUGCCGAACAACCGUUGUAUUGCAGAGCAACGCAUCCAGAGCCUGAAACGCAAGUUCAACAAAAAUGAAAAGUUCCAUAAAGAAUAUACAUCUUUCCUCACAGAUAUGAUUGACAGUGGCUAUGCUGAAUUGGUACCAGCAGACCAGCUGAAUAGAAAAGAUGGAAGACUCUGGUAUAUUCCACAUCAUGGUGUGCACCACUCAAAAAAAGGAACAUUAAGAGUUGUUUUUGACUGUGGUGCAGUCUUUAAAGGAACAUCAGUGAACUGUGAACUACUUCAGGGUCAUGAUCUUACCAACUCACUUAUCGGAGACCUCAUCAGAUUCAGACAAGAACCGGUUGCCUUGAUGGCAGACAUUAAAGCCAUGUUCCAUCAGGUUAAGGUGUCUGAUAAGCAUGUCGACUACCUGAGAUUCUUAUGGUGGCCUGACAGUGAUAUGCAGCAAGAUCUGACUAAAUAUAGGAUGAAGGUACAUUUAUUUGGAGCUGUGUCAUCACCAAGUUGUGCAAAUUUCGCUUUGAGGAAAACUGCUGAAGACAACCAAGCUCAUUUUCCACCUGAGGUGACAGACACAGUACGCCAUAACUUUUAUGUAGAUGACUGUUUACGUUCGAUUCCCACAGAACAAGAAGCAGUACAAUUAGUAAAAGAUCUGACUGCUCUCUGCCAAAUGGGUGGGUGUACUCUGUCCAAAUGGAUCAGCAACAGCCGUGCUGUAUUGACAUCUAUUCCACAAGAGCACAGGGCUAAAGAAAUCAAGGAGUUGGAUUUGGACAAGGACAAUCUACCGAUGGAAAGAGCCCUAGGACUACACUGGUGUGUGGAAACUGAUGUGUUGAAGUUCACAGUUGUUGUACCAGAAAGACCACACACUAGACGUGGCAUUUUGUCUGUGGUCAGCUCUGUAUACGACCCUUUAGGAUUUCUAGGACCAUUUACUCUGCCAGCCAAAAUGAUUAUGCAGGAGCUCUGCAAGGAAAAGCUUGGAUGGGAUGAAACCAUACCACACGUUUUCUCUCAACAGUGGACAGGAUGGCUAGCAGAUCUCAGCAAAAUGAAGGAGUUUAAAGUUGACCGGUGCAUGAAGCCUACACACUUUGGUCAAAUCACACACUCACAGCUGCAUCACUUUUCGGAUGCCAGUGAGAGUGGCUACGGAACCGUCUCAUAUCUAAGACUGGAAAACAAAAACAAAGAAGUGCAUGUUGCAUUCAUCAUAGGAAAAUCAAGAGUAGCACCAUUAAAACAAAUGACACUUCCCAGAAUGGAGCUGGCUGCAGCUGUCCUCGCUGUCAAAGUUGACGCAAUGCUGCGAAAGGAUCUACAGUUAAAACUGGAUAAAUCAUUUUUGUGGACGGAUAGCACAACCGUGCUUAAAUACAUAAGCAACGAAACCAAACGCUUUAAAACAUUUGUAGCAAACAGAGUCUCUUUUGUAAGGGAUGCUACCGACAUAUCACAAUGGAGAUACGUGAGCACAAAGGAAAACCCUGCAGAUGCAGCAUCAAGAGGGCUGACAGCAGAUCGCUUCCUAGGCUACCAAAAUUGGAUAAGAGGACAAGAUUUUCUCUGGAAAGCAAGCCAAGAAUGGCCAAUCUUGCAAGUUGAAUCCAAAAUCUCUGUUGAUGAUCCAGAGAUCAAACCUGGCAUCACAGUAAAUGCCAUUGUCAAAAGUCAGUUGAACCCAACUAACUAUUUCAUCCACUACUUCUCAUCCUGGAUGAGACUGAAGAUUGCAACAGCAUGGCUUUUAAAAGUAAAGACCGCACUCUCGCAACUGACUAGGAAAAGAAAAGAAGUUCAAACUGCUGUGAGUAGUGUUGAAAAUGAUCCUGUCAAAUUAAAGAAGAAGAUUGAAGAGAAGAUGCAAGUAUUUAAAGCCACACUUCAUGGACAGUGCUUAUCUCCCCAAGAUCUAAUCCAAGCAGAGAAUGCAGUCAUCUCAUUCAGUCAAGGUGAAAGAUUUCAAGGGGAAAUGUCUGUUCUACAGACUGAGAAAAAUGUCAAAAGAAACAGUCAUUUGUACAAAUUGGAUCCAGUGCUGGAGGAUGGACUUCUCAGAGUAGGUGGUCGCCUGAAUAGGCUAGCAAUGCCUGAAGAAAUCAAACAUCCGAUUAUUCUCUCUAAGGACCUCCACAUAUCCACCCUACUAUUAUGCCACAUCCAUAAGCAACUCGGACAUGCAGGAAGAAAUUACAUGCUGUCUUGUCUCCGCAAAAAAUAUUGGAUCAUCAAAGCCAAUUCUGCUGCAAGAAAAGUCAUAAAUGACUGUAUUGUGUGCAAACGACAGAGGAGUAAAGUCGGAGAGCAAAAAAUGUCAGACUUACCUUUGGAAAGAAUCCAACCAGACAAACCUCCAUUCACGAAUGUAGGAGUGGACUACUUCGGUCCUAUAGAAAUCAAAAGAGGACGAAGUCUUGUUAAAAGGUAUUGUAGUGUGACUAUCAGAAAGUAAUUAGUCACUGAGAGUGGAAAGCAGGGUUCUGUCUGACACGCUGGGUCCAAGGAUGCAACAUGAAGUCAUUACUGCUGUUUUGAGGGUGAUUUAUUUUCCCUUUGAGUAAAAAGACAAUACAUUACAUUCAGAUGGUUUGUGGUCCCUUUGUGGUCCUUUUGCUGUCCUUUUGCGUUCUCUUUGCGAUCCCUUUGCGUUCCCUUUGCGAUCCCUUUGCGUUCAACAGCAGUAACGGCACCCAGGUUCACACUCUCUCCAUACAAGCCAAACAAUUCACAGGGAGGUGCAGGUGUUAUAUAUUCAGCAAUCAGCCCCACACACACUCCGCCCACACACAUAGCCACACCCACUAUCCCAGGUGACAAGUGAGAAACAAAUCCCUGCCUCUACAUUCCGGCCCCUAAUUAUUAUAACAUAAUAAUUACUGGACAAUAGUAGCAGCACGGAAAUAUUAAAUGUAACAUACAUCAAAUCAAAGUAGUUAUAACAACAGUUCAUUUUCAAUGUCCUUGAACGAGCAGGUUCUUCACAUAUAUGAAAGUGUCACUAGGCCAGAGGUUCCAGAACUUUCAGAGCCUAGACAGAGUGUGGUCUGUGUCACAAGUCAUAUUCAAAGUCAAGUCCUGUCAACAAUUAAUCCCAUCAGAUGUCCUCAGCUUCCUGAAGCAGACACAUCUUAGUGACAGGCCUAUCCAGAAAGCUUGUCCUGGUCUUGAUCGUGGCUUGUCGAACAAGUCCUCUUUUAUCUUUUCCUUUGGCAAGAUCCAAUUAUCUUCAACUCUGCCUCUCUCAACUCCUCCACAGUGAGAAAAACAUGGAAAGAGUCCUUGACACUCUGCAGCUCCUUGCUCAGAACAUCCUUCUGCUCCCUCUCACAUGUCUUUGAGUUUGACAGCAGCGCCUUGACCUCCUUCCUCUUCUGCCAGAGACUCAAGAGUCUAAUUUUGAAUCUUAAGACCCAACCCAUCACUCUCUUCAGACGGGUCCAAGAUGAAGUACAGUCAAUCAAUUGAGACACAGAGUCAACUUCUUCUUCGGCUGAAAUAGCAUUAGCAGCAAUGCUCCUUGUGACCUCAGGAUCAUCUUGCUCUGAUGGUUCUUCUGACCAGUCUGGGUUUGUAGGCCACUGGUCCUCUGAUAGAAGCAGAAAUUGUGGGCCACACAUCCACUGUUCAUCCUUGAGGAACGACUUCACUCCAAGUCCCCUGGAAGCAAUAUCUGCUGGAUUGGACAAGGUGUUCACAUAUCUCCACUGAGCUGCAUGAGACGCUUUAAGGAUCUCCGAGACCCUGUUAGCCACAAAUGUUCUAAAUCUGGUGGUCUCAUUCUUGAUGUACUUUAGCACUGAGGUGCUAUCAGUCCAAAAGACAGAGUCAAGCAAUGGCAUCUGCAGCUCCCUUCUCCACAAUGUGUCCAUACGUGAUGCAACUACCGCUGCUGUUAGCUCCCGCCUGGGAAUGGUAAUUGGUUUUAAGGGAACCACCCUAGACUUUCCCAUGACAAGGGUGCGGCACAGGUUUCCAUUGGCAUUGCACAACAGUAGGUAGGUAGCUGUUCCAUAACCUACCUCACUUGCAUCUGAAAAAUGAUGCAAUUGGGCAGAAGCUACAGUGCCAAAGUCCACAGGCUUGAAACAUCUUCUGACCUUGAAAUCCUCAAGUAGAUGGAGCUCCUUUAUCCAAUUUGUCCACUCCUGUGCAAUGGGUUCAGCUACAAGAUCAUCCCACUCAAAGCCCCUCAUACACAGAUCCUGCAGGAUUAGUUUGGCCUUCAGCACCACUGGCGCAAGCACUCCAAGUGGAUCGUAAACGGAACUGACCACAGAUAAGAUCCCUAAACGGGUCAAAGGUCGACCUUGGAUUGAAAUCCUGAACUUGAAUGCAUCAGAUUGCACACACCACUGCACUCCCAUAACUCUCUCAACAGGAAGUGUGUCAUGAUCCAGAUCCAUCUCCUGUACAUCCACUGCCCUAUGCUCUUCAGGAAUUGCAGCCAACACGUUUCGACUGUUACUUAUCCACUUCUUUAGCUGAAAGCCACCUCUGGCACAAAUGGCUUGAAGAUUGUGACAGAGAGUAACAGUCUCAGACUCAGAGGGCACAGAAACAAGACAGUCAUCUACAUAAAAGCUGUGCAUGAUGGUGUCCAACACCUGCUGACUGUAGGAGUUUCUGUUAUCCUCCGCACACUUUCGCAGAGCAAAGUUUGCACAGCUUGGUGACGAGGUUGCCCCAAAGAGAUGCACACACAUCCUGUACUCCUCCAUAGGUUGCGAGAAAUCCCCACCUGGCCACCAGAGAAACCUCAGCAAGUCACAGUCUUCAGCUGGCACACGCACCUGGUGAUACAUGGCCUCAAUAUCUGCCAUCAAAACGAUGGGUUCUUUCCUGAAUCUGGCUAUGACUCAGAUCAAUGAACUUGUAAGAUCGGGUCCCUGCAGCAGCUGUGUGUUCAGUGAUGUACCUUUAAAUGACGCAGCACAAUCAAACACCACUCUGAUUUUUUUCUUUUGCGGAUGGUAUACACCAUGAUGUAGGAAUAUACCAAGUUUUUCCAUGGUUACAUGCCAGAUCUUCCACAGGCACUCUUUCAGCAUAACCGCAGAUAAUGAUGUUGUGCAUGAACAUGGUGUAGUCCGCAUGGAAUAAGGCAUCCCUUUGGAACCUUCUUUUCAAAUUCAAGGCGCGUUGCUCUGCUAACUUGCGGUUAUCAGGCAUGCAUACAUUUCCCUUUUUUAAAGGCAAACCAAUGGUGUAGUGACCAUCCACCAGCUCAACAGAGCUUUUCACCAUUUCCAUAAACUGGCCAUCUUCUCUUGAGGGACCCAGUUGCUCUUCAUGGCUGCGUUCAGGGAAGUCGAGUUGAAACUGCUGCUUCCACAGUUCAUCCAAUUUCACCACAGAGAUGCGGUUAGCAGUGAUGUUGGGUUGUUCCAAGUCUGCUUCACCAAACAUUGGCCCAUUGACAGUCGAUCCCAACAUGGUCUGAACAGCGUACGGCCCUCCUUCUUCGCUUGGAAUCACCUUUGUUGGUUUAAGAGCUCUUGGUGCAUUUAAGCCGAUCAACAGUUCAAUGUCUGCAUCAAUUUCAGGUAGGUGUACUCCACGCAAAUAUGGCCAUCUGACCAGAUCCUGCUCCCGUGGUAUGUUGCUCCUGCACACAGGCGUUUUCUUCCGUGUAAACAUAUCUGGCAAGUCACAGUAGAGAUCACUUUCCAGACCGGCUACCUCCAGAUCUGACACAAUGCAACAUCCUACAAUCUUUUCUUGGCCCAAAGUGCGUAAGAGAAUUUUAGUUCCUCUUCCUGAAACAUUCAACUUGCUCAUCAGACUUGAUGUACAAAAGGAGCCAGAGCUGCCUUGGUCCAGAAAGGCAUACGUUUCCACGACUUGGUGACCCUUUUUGGACUUGAUCUUUACUCGCACGAUAGAGAGCUUACAGCCAUGGUCACCGGCCCCAGUGAGACCACUACUUUGCACUGUUACCACAGAGCUGCCCACCGCUGUGUUUGUACCUGCUGCAACUGAUCCUUCUCUUGCUCCUUGUUCUUUGGAUGAAUAUGAAGCAUGCUAGGGUGUUUAGCUCCACAUGUUUUACAUGACAGUCGCUUCCUGCAUUCCUUACUUAUGUGCCCUAUGCACAGACAGCCAAAGCAAACUCCAUGUUGUUUUAAAAAAGUGAUCUUGUCAUUAUGUGCCCUCUCUACCAAUAGAGAGCACACCUCCAACGCAUGUUCACCCUUGCAGUACAAGCAGGUCCUUUUGUCCAGUGGGUCUCCAACCUUUUUCACAUGGGCCUUUCCAUUAACUGAUGUUACGGUAGUAGCAAAACUUCCUUGGUUUCGUAUGUGACGCUGAUAGCCAUCUCUGCUGCCAUUUUUGAUUUGCAUUGUCUUUGGAGUAUCCUGUAUAUUUCCAAAUAUAGGGUCUGCUGCAAUUUUAACUUGACGUUCAAUAAAACUGACGGUGUCAGGGAAAGUAGCUCUUUGAGAACGGGUCUCUUGAAUAUCACAUGCUACCGUCCUCCAUUGGUCUCUCAGCUUAUACGGUAACUUCUUGAUCACCAUCAGCAUGUUCGCAGGCAUGUUAAGCUCAGACAUGUACUGUAUGUCAUCCAUCGCUUUACAACAUCCUCUUAAAAAGAGACCAUAUGCUUGAAGAGAUUUUGCAUCCUCUGCUUUAACCAAAGGCCAUGAUAGUGCUUUGUCCAAAUAAGCAGAAGCAAUCUUUUGCUCAUUCCCAAAAUGCUCUUCCAAUAAAGCCUUAGCCCUUUGAUAUGCUCUGUCUGGAGGCAUUCGCUGACAGCUUUGAACAAGCUCAUGUGGUUGUCCUCUUGUGUAUUGUGCCAGGAAGUGCAAGCAGUCUCCAGCGUCACCUGUCCUUUCUUCAACAUUGUGCUCAAAAGAUCUCAUAAAGGCAUGAUAUUGAAGAGGAUUUCCAUCAAACACCUGGGUCUCUCUCCUUGGCAAAUAAGAGAUGUUCUGUUGUCGCGCCAGUAGAGCAGAAAUUUCAUUUUGCCUUGCCAUUAUGGAUAGCAAAUUGUUAUUGUCAUUAAUGACUGGCAUCUGAACAUGUGAAUUUGUUGUAAAUUGAGAAGCUGAAGCAUUACUGUUCACAUUAGUAGCCAUUGGGAGUCCAGGCAUCCUUUGCUGGAUUAUUUGAGAUCCAACAUCAACAGUGACUUUCCUUUCAUUCGGCUGUGUUAAAUGAGACUUAGAUAUACUUUGACUGUCAUACACUCCAUGGCCACCAGGCACAAAUGAAUCAGUCUCAGCAUUAAGAGCAGCAUGUGCUUCUUUGGCCAUAUAAGAUUCCAUACCAUCUGAUUUUUUGUAUCUGGUGCCUUUCACACUGCUUCCUGAGACUCUUAGGACCUCCAUCCUAGCCUGAGCGGCUGCAAUCUCCACUUCAAGCUCAAAUCUCUCUUUCCUUUUCCUUAUUUCCUCCUCUUGCUGAUCCAGCUCUUGCUUUUGUUUGAGCAAUUUUUGACGAGCGAGAAGAGCAGCCAUUUCAGCCUCUGCUUUGACACGUGAAGAGGAAAUAGAAGAGUUUGAAGUUCUUGAAGUCCCAGUUUUUGAUCCAUGAUUGUUGCUUCCAACAUUUGAGAUGCUGUCCUCUGGCUGAAUGUCAUCAUGUAGUACUUCACAUGUGGCCUUCUCCUCCACAUUGUCAUUUGGUGCAUGUCCUGAGACUGGUCUCUUAGUUUCAGAAAGCCACUGUGUCAUAUCCUCAAUAAAUUCUUUGUUGUAUUUAUUGAUGCUUGCAAACCACACUUUUUGUUUAUCCUUUUUCAUCUCAGGUACUAUUUCCACCAAUGACUCAUGCAGGGAAGUUGUUUCCUUAUGUAAUUGCAUCAAAAUGUCCAGUUGAGUUUUCACCUGUGAAACAUUUUCAUCAUUCUCCACAAGCUUCUUUAAAACAAUGGUGAUACAUUUCAUUUUAUUCACUCUUACUUGGCGUUCUUUUUGAAGCUUCUCCAUUUUGCACACCAAGGCCUUUUCAGUGAGAAUGAUUUUUCUUUUCACAGUUUCAUUGAAAUCAAUUUCCUUUGCAUUUGAACCAGCUUUUGAUCCAUUCACUUGUGAACCAGCUUUUGAUCCACUCAUCUUGACAUCCAGCAAUAUGUGCACCACAAAAGUUCAGAGAGCAUAUGUCACAAUCCACAUUUGCAUCAUGAAUCCACAUCCAACUUUGCUGCUUUGUUUUGGCACAAAUAUGACUCCAUACAUGAAUCCACUGUUGCUUCCAAAUCCACACUUUAUUUCAGGCUUGACCAUCAGCAAUAAAUGCAUCAAACUUCCACAUCCAACAUCACUCCUUUAAUGUGCACAAAUAAGUGAUCCACUUUUCCACAGGUUAAUUCAAUCCCAAGCAAUAAUGACAUCACAAUGACAGCCACAGCUAUCCAAUGUGCAGCAGUAUCCAGCAUCAACUGUGUCCAGGCAAAUAUACUUCACAGUAUGAAUGAACUGAGUGUCACAUACCAUGGGUUGUGCUGCGCUCCUUCGUUUCAUUCAGUUGCUUGAGGGGUCGAGUGGUCCAAAGUGCACAAUUCCAGCGAAAUAUCAGAAGGUCAGUGGAUCUGUAGCCAAUUCUGUUGACAAUGUAGUGUGACUAUCAGAAAGUAAUUAGUCACUGAGAGUGGAAAGCAGGGUUCUGUCUGACACGCUGGGUCCAAGGAUGCAACAUGAAGUCAUUACUGUUUUGAGGGUGAUUUAUUUUCCCUUUUGAGUAAAAAGACAAUACAUUACAUUCAGAUGGUUUGUGGUCCCUUUGUGGUCCUUUUGCUGUCCUUUUGCGUUCUCUUUGCGAUCCCUUUGCGUUCCCUUUGCGAUCCCUUUGCGUUCAACAGAAGUAACGGCACCCAGGUUCACACUCUCUCCAUACAAGCCAAACAAUUCACAGGGAGGUGCAGGUGUUAUAUAUUCAGCAAUCAGCCCCACACACACUCCGCCCACACACAUAGCCACACCCAAAAUACCAGGUGACAAGUGAGAAACAAAUCCCUGCCUCUACAGGUAUGGUGUAAUUUUCACCUGCAUGGCAAGCAGGGCAGUACACCUGGAAGUUGCACAUACACUUGGCACAGACUCCUGUAUCCAUGCAUUAAGGAGAUUCAUCUGUCGAAGAGGUCAAGUUUCAUCUCUGAGAUCGGACAAUGGUACAAACUUUGUAGGAGCGGAAAAAGAAUUAAAGAAAGCAUUGAACAGCUUGAAUCAGGAUAAAAUCCAGAACGCUAUGCUACAGCAAGGUAUAAAGUGGAACUUUAAUCCCCCUGCAGCGUCCCAUCACGGUGGUGUAUGGGAACGACUAAUACGCAUGAUACGGAGUGUAUUGCGCUCUGUUCUUCAUCAACAAGUACUUGAUGAUGAAGGAUUGCAAACUUUAAUGUGUGAGGUUGAAGCAAUCUUAAAUGACCGACCCAUAACCAAAUCCUCUGAUGACCCCGGAAGCGCUGACCCCAAACCGUCUUCUUUUGCUAAAAACCAAUCCAAUAUUGCCACCUGGACUCUUUGUAAAGGAGGAUCUGUACGUCAAACGUAGAUGGAAACAAGUACAAUACAUGGCAGAUCUCUUUUGGAAACGAUGGACAAAAGAAUACUUACCUUUAAUCCAAGAACGUCAGCGAUGGACCAGAGCCAAGAGAAGUUUUGCCCCUGGUGACAUUGUGGUGGUGGUCGAUUCCACUGCCCCACGAGGAUCCUGGUUACUGGGGAGAAUACUGGAAACUAUUCCUGAUGCAAAAGGUCUUGUACGCACAGUUCGACUAAAGACCAAAAACAACAUGCUGGAAAGACCAAUAACCAAGAUAUGUCUCCUCCAAAAGACGGAAAUUGAAGAUUAAUGAAGAUUCAAGAUUAAUGAACUAUAAAUGCCAACAUAUUUUUAUUUUGAAAUUAUGAAAAAAAAACAAGAAAAAAAACUUGAGAAAAAGAAUCAUGUAAAAGUGAAUUUGAAUGGCUCCCUUUCAAGUAAUUGUUACAGUGUAAACAAUUAGGGGCCGGUGUGUAGGAGCCAUUUAAGGCAUCUUUAUUUUUGUGUUGGCAUUACUUUCUUUUGUCACUAGGUGGCGGGCAUUUUGGUUGAGCAGGGCAGGGGGGAAGGCAUAUGUAGGAGCACAGGUGAGCCAAACAAGUAAGGACUCAGGUGUGGGAGCACAAACCGUUCUUACCAGCAGCAGACAGCAGCAGCAGACAGCAGCAAACCACAGCAGACAACAGCAACAGCAGGAGAACAUCUGACACAAUAUCACUGCAAUAAUCCUUGGUAUGUUUCAUUCACCCUGCAAAUUCGUUAAUAAGUAUGUAUAAACUGGAUUUCCGACGGGACCUCACUUCAUAUACAAUGUUUGCUACUGCGUAGGAUCACUCCCUCAAACCUGUUGAGUAAUGACAAUAAAUUGGAACAUUUGAAGGUGAAGAUUGCCAUUACAAACGUAACAUAUUAUGGUAAGAGUCAUUCAUAUAACUAUAACAUAUAGAACAUGCUAUAUACGUUUACCAAACAAUCUGUCACUCCUAAUCGCUAAAUCCGAUGAAAUCUUAUAUUAUUAUUAUAUUAUUUGAUAUUUUAUGGUAAUGUGUUAAUACUUUCACACAUAAGUCGCUCCUGAGUAUAAGUCGCACCCCAGGCCAAACUUUGAAAAAAACUGCGAUUUAUAGUCCGAAAAAUACAGUAUUUGUGGGGGUUACGUUUCAAAACCCACAAGGGAUGGUGCAGAAUCCAAAAUAAAUUGUAUCCUCUAAUAUGUGAUAGUAUUUAUUCUAUAAUAUGCCACUUACAGUUUUCAAAUGCAUUUUAAAUUCAGUAUUGGACAUAGUCUGGACUGUAUACAAAUUCUUAUUUUGAAAAUGUAAUUUUGUUUACAGAUUAUAUGCAAUCUGUUUUUGAAGUUCCCAAAUUUUGAGUGUACAUAAAUGAAGGUGUGUGUUGCUGAGCCCGACCUGGACAUAAUCUGGACUGGACCUGGUUUUAAGAACCCUUUAAACAAUCUAAUUUCAUUGACAACCAGGUCUGGUGAAGAUAAGGUCCUUUUUAAAAAAAAAUUCAUAAAAUAAAAUAAGAUAAAUACAUUAAAAACAUUUUCUUGAAUAAAAAAGAAAGUAAAACAAUAUAAAAACAGUUACAUAGAAACUAGUAAUUAAUGAAAAUGAGUAAAAUUAACUGUUAAAGGUCAGUGCUAUUAGUGGACCAGCAGCACGCACAAUCAUGUGUGCUUACGGACUGUAUCCCUGCAGACUGUAUUGAUAUAUAUUGAAAUUAGGGACGGCGUGGCGAAGUUGGUAGAGUGGCUGUGCCAGCAAUCAGAUGGUUGCUGGUUACUGGGGUUCAAUCCCCACCUUCUAUCAUCCUAGUCAAGUCCGUUGUGUCCUUGGGCAAGACACUUCACCCUUUGCCUCUGAUGGCUGCUGGUUAGCGCCUUGCAUGGCAGCUCCCGCCAUCAGUGUGUGAAUGUGUGUGUGAAUGGGUGAAUGUGGAAAUACUGUCAAAGCGCUUUGAGUACCUUGAAGGUAGAAAAGCGCUAUACAAGUAUAACCCAUUUAUCAUUAUCAUUUAUAUAUAAAGUAGGAACCAGAAUAUUAAUAACAGAAAGAAACAACCCUUUUGUGUGAAUGAGUGUGAAUGGGGGAGGGAGGUUUUUUGGGUUGGUGCACUAAUUGUAAGUGUAUCUUGUGUUUUUUAUGUUGAUUUAAUAAAAAAUAAAAUUCCGUAUUGUAUUUCAAAAAAACGUCUUGUCAGAGCUUUUUCGUGCUGGAAAAUGUUGAGUGAAUUCUAACUACAGCACUCUUCUUUCCCUUCACAUAGCGCCAUCAA